UUUCAAAAGCACCUCUUUCUCUGUAACUACAAACAUAAAUCAUAUCAUUUUUUGAAGAAAAAGUAAUGGUGGAAUUGCAAUUUCCUGCUGGAUUUCGAUUCCAUCCAACUGAUGAAGAGCUUGUGAUGCACUAUUUAUGUCGAAAAUGCGCCUCACAGCCGAUUGCUGUUCCUAUUAUAGCUGAAAUUGAUCUCUACAAGUAUAAUCCAUGGGAUCUACCUGAUUUGGCUUUGUAUGGUGAGAAAGAGUGGUAUUUCUUUUCGCCGCGAGAUCGGAAGUAUCCGAACGGUUCACGGCCGAAUCGAGCUGCGGGAAAUGGAUAUUGGAAGGCGACGGGUGCGGAUAAGCCGAUUGGUCGUCCAAAAUCGAUGGGAAUUAAGAAAGCUUUGGUGUUUUACGCAGGCAAAGCUCCGAAGGGAGAAAAAACAAAUUGGAUUAUGCACGAAUAUCGACUUGCUCAUGUUGAUCGAUCUGCUCGUAACAAGAACAACAGCUUAAGACUCGACGAUUGGGUUUUAUGUCGAAUCUACAAUAAGAAGGGUACAACUGAGAAGAAUCAACUGAAUAUUCGAAAAAUGAAUGUUGAAAUGUCGCCGGCGGUGAGUGAAGGUGAUGUAAAGCCGGAGAUUAUGCCGUAUUCAGUUUCAACAAAGCCGUCUUCGACGUCGUACCACGUUUACAAUGACUUCACGUACUUUGAUUCAUCGGAUUCUCUUCCAAAACUUCACACCGAUUCCAGCUGCUCGGAGCACGUACCUUCGCCGGAGUUCACAUGCGAGAAGGAAGUUCAGAGCGAGCCGAAGGUGAAACUGAAUGAGUGGGAAAAAACUGCCCUUGAUUUUCCAUUUAAUUACACAGAUGCCACUACUUCUGAGUUGCAGAGUUGUUAUGAGAUGUCACCGCUACAAGAUAUAUUCAUGUAUCUGCAAAAGCCGUUUUAAGUGGGGCCCGCCGAUUUUCAAUUUUUUCGAUCGCACGUGCGAAUGAGACUGAAGUCGAUGACUUGGCACGUGCCGAUGAUUUGUAGGAAUUGAAAAAAAGUAGCAUCUUUGGGUUUUCCAUUUGCUUUCACAUUGGCUAUUUUUUUUUGUUUUGGAGAAAAGAAAAAAACAAAACAAAUUGGUCGUAUAUAGUUUUUAGUAGAAGGAAGAAAAAUUAGUAGAAAACUAAG